CGGGCUUGUCGGCGCUCGGUACUAGCCACAAGGAGGUACGGAUAGCUUCUUUAACUAUCCGUGACACUUAAACUCACGCCUGAACACCACAGGGCGAGAUAUUCAUAAUCUAGUGUCUGGAUAUCCAUACUCGGUAAAUCGAGGUUUACAUCUGCCUUCGCCCUGUCGCUCGCUAUAUCUCUCUUCUGUCCGGAAGUAAAGGAAGGGUCUACCAGUUGCUCCGAAACAAUCAUUACAUUAUGGCCGCCGAGCACCUCGACCCCAGCGAGCUAGGCACGAGGAAAUACUGGGACGAUGCUUACGUUACCGAACUGUCCAAUUUCGAAAACAAUCCUUCUGACGAAGGCACGAUCUGGUUCUCGGAUUCCGGCGCCGAGGAGAAGAUUUUAGAGUAUCUGACCGAGGAGCUGUGUCUGGACACGACUUCGACGAGCUUUCUCGACUUGGGCACGGGCAAUGGGCAUCUGCUCUUUAUGUUGCGCGAGGACGGCGAAUUCAACGGUCGAAUGAUCGGCGUGGAUUAUUCGCUGCCGAGCGUGCAGUUGGCGCGAACGAUUGCGGCGCAGAAGGGUCACGGCGGAGGUGUAGGUCAGGAAGAAGAUGGAGCUGGAAAGACUGGUGACAAGGAGGAUCGGGAAGGAGGAGAAGAGGAGGAGGACGAGGAGGGAGAAGACGCGGAACCGAUUACGUUUGAGACUUGGGAUAUUAUCCACGAGCAACCGGGUGAGUGGGCGGAUAAGGACGGCGGAUUCGAUGUGGUAUUAGACAAGGGCACAUUUGAUGCGAUUUCUCUGAGCGAAGAAGUGGAUGGGUCGGGGAAAAGAAUUUUUGAGGGCUAUAAGGGCAAGGUGGAGAGACUGGUGAAGCCUGGUGGGAUUCUGUUCAUCACUAGCUGUAACUGGACAGAGCCGGAACUGUGUCGCUGGUUUGAAGGUGGAGAGUUGGAGUUUGAUGGCAAGGUCAACUACCCAAGUUUCACAUUUGGCGGGCACAAGGGGCAGACUAUUUCUUCCAUUUGCUUUAGAAGAAAGAAGACUUCGUCGUGAUGAUUGUUCGUUUCAUUCUAAAAAUGUGCAGCGCUAAUAUGGUGUGUUUGACGCGGGUAAUAUGCUAGAAUCGCUCAUGGUAUAUAUGCUUAUGCAUUCGGAGAAACAAAGAAAAGAGAUGGCAGAAGCGUGAGAGCCGUUGCAAGUCGCAUCAUCGCCUUCGCCGCAUGAUGGCUAUCACAAGCCAUCGUUUCAGCAUUGCUUUAUCUUCCGUUCCAACGGGCUUCUCUUUGACAAACUCGCGUUUGUUGCCUUCUGCAUCCUGUUCGUAGAUGGUCUCAACCUCCAGUCCUUCUUCUGCGGCUAUAUUAAAGAACCCUGACACCUUCAGCCGACCAGUAUGAAAGCCUGCGAUGACAAAUGCGCGGGCAUCAUCGUCUGCGGAUAGAAAAUGAAGUAUUGAUCGGGCCAGAUUUUCAUGUUGCCAUGGCAUC